AUGGUGGAUGAAAAGCUCCCAGUGAAUCAAGUUCAGCCUGUUAAGCCUGCUGCACCUCCAGCCUUUGCUAACGAUGAUGAUGAUGAAGGCUUCCCCCAGAAGGGGGAGCUGGAGCUUAACGUGGGUGGUCGUGCCGCGACUCAACGACGCCUGAGGAAUUACCAGGUGGUGAUGAUUGGCUUCUGCAGUGGGAUUGGAACCGGUCUCUUCGUUGGCACUGGAGCUGCCUAUGCUACUGCAGGCCCAGCCGGUUUGCUGUUGGCAUACUCCGUUGUCGGGUUGGUCUUGUGGUGUGUGAUGCAGAGUAUCGCUGAGUUGGCCACCUUGUUUCCCACGGCAGGGUCUUUCCCCCACUGGGCCACUCGCUUCAUAGACCCUUCUGUUGGGUUUUCCCUUGCGAUCUCGUACGGAUACUGCUAUACGAUCGCUAUCGCCUCGGAAGUGUCCGCUGCUGCGGUCAUCGUCUCAUUCUGGACAGACUUGACGCCAGCCGUGGUGAUCACGGUUGGACUGGUUCUCAUCCUGAUCAUCAACUUGAUGAAUGUUCGAUUCUACGGUGAAAGCGAAGUUAUUGCCGGCGCGGUCAAAGUCCUUUGUUUCGUCGGACUGAUUAUCGUCGCCAUCGUGAUCACUGCCGGCGGUGCACCAACCCAUGAGACUAUCGGAUUCCGCUUCUGGCACAACCCAGGAGCCUGGACGAACUUUAACGGCAUCACUGGCUCUACCGGACACUUCCUUGGCUUCCUAUCUGCCCUUGUCAACGCCUCUUUCAGCUUCGUCGGCGUCGAAACGGUGGUCAUUUCCGCCGCCGAGUCAGUCGACCCGCAUCAUGCCAUCCCCAAGGCCGCUCGCCGUGUCACCUUCCGGAUUGCCUUCUUCUACAUUCUAGGAGCCCUGCUGAUUAGCUUGGUCGUGAGCCCGUCCAACUCUGAUCUCACCUCGGGAACCGGCAAUGCCAAUAGCUCUCCAUGGGUUAUCGCCAUUAACCAGGCGGGCAUCACCGCCUUGCCGUCUAUUGUUAAUGCGUGCAUCCUGAUCUCUGCCUGGUCCGCAGGUAACUCGUACUGUUGGGUUGGUUCGCGAAUGAUUCUGGCCAUGACGACGGAUCGUCAGCUGCCCCAGAUCUUCGCCCGGGUCACCAAGAACGGUGUGCCGUAUGUUGCUGUCAUCGCGUCCUGGCUUUUUGGCCCAUUGGCCUAUUUGAGUCUUGGUUCGGGCGGCCCAGCGCAAGCAUUCACUUGGCUGCUCAACCUGAGUACAAUCGCCGGUCUGAUCGCUUGGGCGACACUUUGCUUCAGCUACAUCCGCUUCCAUGACGCACUCAAGGCCCAAGGAGUCAGCCGUGACACCUUCCCGUGGAAGGCACCAUUCCAGCCAUACGCGGCGUGGGUGGGAUUCAUCGGCUCCGUCAUUAUCACCCUAGUCGCUGGAUUCCCUGUAUUCCUCAAGGGCAGUUGGUCCACAUCUAAUUUCAUCGCCUCGUACAUUGGUAUUCCGAUUUUCAUCGUGCCCAUCAUCGGUUGGAAGCUCGUUAAACGCACCAAGUUUGCGCGUGCUGCCGAGAUCGACCUAUGGUCUGGCCGCCUGCAGGAGGGAGAGGUCAUCGAACAUACCCUCAAACCGACAACUGCCCUAGGCCGCUUCAUAGACUGGCUUUUCUAG